AGACAUUUUUCCAAGCAGAAGGUUGCCAUUUUUGUCAGAUCUCUAAACAAAGAAUACUGAAAUCAUUAUAAUCUGCAAUAGCUGAACAAAACAAAAUGGGUAUAGUUAAUGAAUUGAGUGAUAGCCAAGCUGAAAAGCAUUCUGGAAGAGGGACUGCAUCAGUUAAGAAAGUGAAACCUCAUAAAAGGUUUUCAAAGCAGUUUAAACCAAAUCAAAAUUAUCUUAGUUCAAAAUCAUCUGCAAAAAACUUGGGUAAAAAAGAAGAGAGAAACUCAUCAAUAUCUAACAAAAAUAAGAAAAAUAGCAAUUUUAAUGAAACUAGAUCAGUUGGGAAAAAAACAGUAACAAAUAGAAUUGAUUUUAAGAAAAGAAAUGCUCUUAAACAACGUGUGAACAAUGAGGAUCCAUCUGAAUCUGGGGGUAAGAAAACGAGUCAAAAUUACAAGAUGAAAAAAGGACAAUUACAGAAACAAAUGAAGGAUGAGAGGGAAAGGAGCUUUCAGAAUUCUCCAGAGAAAAACCAUGUACAGUCAUCUGGUAAAUUGGGUGGUGAUGCAAAGGAAGCACCUGAUACAAGAGGAAACAAACGUAAAUUAUCUGGAAAUGAUUACUCUUCAGAGCCAAAAGAUAAGAAGAUGAAAAUACUAUUAAUGAAGAAAAAAGACAGGAAAAGACUUCGACAAAAGCAUGAUGCCAGAACAGAUAUAUAUGAUAUUGGCAUGAGAACAAAAUAUAUUUGGGAGGAAUUAAGGAGAGAAGACUGUAAAGUGGAACGAAAGCAUGAGCUUCUCAAGGAGCUAGUUGAUCUUGUUAAAGGUCGAACCAGGGAGCUGAUUUUUGCUCAUGAUACUGUACGUGUUAUUGAAACUCUCGUGGCAUUGGGUUCUGUGAUUCACCGGAACAUGCUCUUUGAAGAAUUGAAGGAUCACAUCCUUGAAAUGUCAAAAUCCAAGUAUGCCAAAUUCUUUGUUCUGAAACUCUUGAAAUAUGGGACAAAAGAGCAGAAGAACUUUAUAGUGAAAUCCUUUUAUGGUAAUGUUGACAAACUGAUCAAACACACUGAGGGAGCUGCUGUUCUUGAAUAUGCCUACAAUGAAUAUGCAAAUGCAACUCAGAGGGCUGAAUUGGUUCAAGAGUUUUAUGGUCCAACAUUUGCAUAUUUUAAAGAUAGUGAUUGCAAGACAUUAGCCCAACUUCUGAAGAAAGAUCCAACACGGAAAUCGGGCAUCAUAAACCAUCUGAAAGAACUUUUGAUGAAAAUCACAGAAAGGGCAGUUAUUCGGCACAGUAUUAUCCACUAUGUUUUACGAGAGUUCAUCAUGCAUGCAGAUCCAACCUCUCGCUCUGAAAUUAUUGAAGCAAUUAGGGAGUCUCUAGUGGAAAUUCUACACACUAAAGAUGGGUCUAGGGUAGCCAUGAAUUGUGUUUGGCAUGGAACUGCUAAGGACCGGAAGGCUAUUAUAAAAUCUAUGAAAACUCAUGUUAGUAAAGUAGCCAAGGAAGAACAUGGGCAUAUGGUUUUACUGGCAAUAUUUGAUGCUGUUGAUGACACCAAGUUGGUGGAGAAAGCCAUUAUUAAGGAAUUAAAUACAAACUUAAUGGAACUGGUGCAAAACCAAGAAAGUAGGAAAGUCUUGCUGUACUUAUUAUGCCAUCGAGACAGUCACUUCUUUCAUCCAGACAUAGUCAAUAUUCUUAAGCAAGGAGAUGAAAAUGCUACAAGCAAAAAAGAUCCUGAAAUUAGGAGAAAAGAACUUUUACAGAGUAUCUCGGGACCACUGUUAAAUUUGAUCAAAACUCACCCAUUGGAGCUCAUGAAGAACAAUGCUGUUUGUCUUCUAGUGUUUUCAGUUUUUCAGACUGCUGUUGGUGACCCGACAGAUGCCAUGACUGCUAUUGCUAAAUUAGCUGCUGAUCCUUACGAUGAGAUUAAGGGGGAAAAUCAACAUGUUAUUGAACAUCCAGGUAUUCAUUACAUGUUGAAAAAACUUAUUCUUGGUGACAAACUAAGGAAAGACCAAAACUCUGGUGAGUCCAAAUACAUAUGAAUCCUGAAACUUCAU